GAAAUCUAUAGAGAUGUUCUUAUGCUAUGUUGUUUCGAAGCCUACGACUAUCGUGCACAAAUUAGAUGCGUUAGCACGGGCACCCUUACUAGUUGGAAGGAAGGGGGAAAAAGCACCAAAUCGAGAAGGCGAAUCGAGUUCGCCAUGGCUGCUCCGCGCGCACUGCUCCCCCAGCUACUGCUCCUUGUUGUCGCCGCGCUCGUCGCGGCCGCCCCCGUCCCGAGGGCGUCCGGAGCCGGGCAGUUCGACGUCCGCCGCCACCUCUCAACCGUCACCAGAUACGAUGUGGCCAGAGGGUCCACUAGUGUCGACUCUAUGCCACGAAUCCCAGAUGGGUGCCGUGUGAUCCACCUCAAUCUAGUGGCAAGACAUGGGACUCGUGCUCCUACCAAGAAGCGAAUCAAAGAGCUGGAUAGAUUGGCAAUUAGGCUGGGAGCUCUUAUUAAUGAGGCAAAACAAGGUCUCAAGAGUGAUUCUCUGAAGAAAGUUCCAUCCUGGAUAAAGGGCUGGGAGUCACGUUGGAAGGGUAGAACUAAAGGUGGUGAGCUGACUAGUGAAGGAGAAGAAGAGCUCUACAACUUAGCCACCAGAGUGAAGGAGAGGUUUCAGGACCUGUUUGAUGAUGAAUAUCACCCUGAUGUAUAUUCAAUAAGAACAACUCAGGUUUCUCGAGCAUCAGCUAGUGCAGUAGCAUUUGGUUUGGGAUUGCUUUCUGGGAAAGGGAAGCUUGGACCAGGAAAGAACCGUGCCUUUUCUGUUCUGAGCGAGAGUCGUGCAAGUGAUAUUUGUCUGAGAUUCUUUGACAGCUGUGAAACAUACAAGGCAUACAGGAAAAGGAAGGAGCCUGAUGUCGAAAAGGAAAAGGAACCGAUCCUAGAGCAUGUCACAGCUGCACUUGUCAAUCGUUAUCACCUCAAUUUUACAACUCAGGAUGUCUCUUCCCUCUGGUUUCUUUGUAAGCAGGAAGCAUCUUUAUUGAAUAUAACCAAUCAAGCUUGUGGACUUUUUAAUGAAGCUGAGGUUUAUUUUCUGGAGUGGACAGAUGAUUUGGAGGGUUUUGUUCUAAAAGGCUAUGGUGAGUCAAUUAACUACCGUAUGGGACUGCCGUUGCUCAAGGAUGUUGUCCAGUCCAUGGAAGAAGCAAUCAUAGCUAAAGAAGAAAACCACCCUGAUGGUACGUAUGAAAAAGCAAGGCUCCGAUUUGCACAUGCAGAAACUGUUGUUCCUUUCAGCUGCCUUCUUGGUCUUUUCCUUGAAGGUCCAGAUUUUGAAAAAAUACAGCGGGAGGAAGCAUUGGACGUACCCCCUAUGCCACCACAGGGAAGAAACUGGAAGGGCAGUGUUGUAGCUCCUUUUGCUGGUAACAAUAUGCUGGUUUUAUAUCAAUGCCCAGGGAAAACUUUAGAUGCCAGCACUUCUGGGGGUCAAAAUAACUUGUACUUCGUCCAAGUUCUACACAACGAAAUCCCAGUUUCAAUGCCAGGGUGCGGCAACAAAUAUUUCUGUCCAUUCGAGGAGUUCAAGGAGAGGAUAGUCAAACCACACCUGAAGCAUGACUACAAUAUGAUAUGCAAGAUCAAUCCCCCUGUGGCGAGCAAGGAGCCUGCUUCGUUCACCACCAAGGUGUCCAGUUUCUUGGUAGGAUUGUUCUCGCAGAAAGGGUACCGCGACGUGAGCGCAGAAAGCGUCAAGACGGAGUUGUAAGCCACGCAAGCCAUCUGCGAGCACGAGCAAGGAACGAGAUUAACCGACGCACUAACCCGAGGUGUUUUUUGUACGGCCGAGUCGAAACUCGAAUGUGUAGCCUUUCAAAAAAAGAAACUCGAAAGUCCUAUAAAAAAAAAAGAAACUCGAAAGUGUACGAGGCGUCAGUUCUUCCGGGAAAGAUGCCUCUGACAAUGUAAAUUCAUCAGUUUCAGUUCAUCAGUCA